CAUAACCAAGUCCGGAGUUCCGGAUCUGACCCGGUUCGUUUCGUGCCGGAGUUACGUCGCCUUCGGUCCAUCGUCGCCUCUCCACAAACGCCUUUCGUGUGUUCUGUCAAUUGGCGGGCGGAUUCGUUCUUUUCCCGGCGAUGACGAUGACGAUGCGAGUCGCUCUUCUAAAGCGAAUCCUCUGUCGCCCUCCUCCUCCGCUCGCCAUCUCUUUCCGUUGUUCAUCCUCGUCAUCUACGACCCCAGAAGCUACUCGGCUACUCAAAGUCGGCGAUGUACUGAGGGAAUCGAGGCGCUUCUCCGAAUCGGACGUGGCGCAGUACUCGGAGGUGACUGGCGAUCGCAACCCCGUCCAUCUUGAUGCCGAUUUCGCCCGGAGAAUUGCUGGUUUCGAUGGCGGCAGAGUCGUUCACGGGAUGCUCGUGGCGUCGCUCUUCCCAUCAGUCAUUGCCACCCAUUUUCCUGGAGCAGUGUACGUUGCUCAGACUUUGAAGUUUAAAUUGCCUGUCUACAUUGAAGAUGAGGUUGUUGCUGAAGUACAAGCAGCACAUGUGAGAGAAAACAAGAAAAGAUACAUUGUUAAGUUUGCAACAAAAUGCCUUGUGGAUAAGGAAUCUCUUGUCCUUGAUGGUGAAGCCAUGGCCAUAUUACCAACAUUGGUGCUUAACAAAUGACAAGCAUUCAAUUUUACAGGGAAGAUGAAAAAAUAUUGCGAUGUCAGUAUGUGGAUGCUCAUGAUGUUGCUCUGGCUGGCAAGAUCAUGUUCAUCAACGUAGAACAGCCUAGUGGAUGACCGCUUGGAAACUUGUCACUGGGGGAGUUUCUAAUCACCAUCUGAAGAGGCACCACGUCUUCACAAGAGGCAGUGUGGAAUCAAUUGACUGGGCAAUUAGCCAGGAUUGGGUUCUCUUUUUCUUUUCUUUUCUCUUUUUCUUUUUCUAAUCAACCACCAGUCUUAACCAGUUAUGCAGUAAAAAACAUUGUGGCGCAGUUCAUUUUCAUUUGUUUUAUUGAUUUGUUUCUCUGCGUCAUGUUAUUUUGUGUUCAAUUAUAACUUCGUGUUUUAUUCAUUGGACCAUCAAAAUUUUCAGAAGAAA